AUGAUUACGAAAAGCAGCAAUGUCGAGAUCCAUCUGCAAGCUGGCCCAUGCACCUCUCCACCCUACAAUCAAUUCGACAUGAUUUGUAAUAGUUGCGCAGAGGAACAACCUUGUUCAUUCAUGGGAUUAAGAGGAUUCGAAAUCUCAACCAUCGAUGGAAGUUUAGUUUACGGACCCUACUUCCCCGAAACCAAAAAGAACGAUUUGUUACAUAGCUCCCGAAGUCUUCGUUUUAACGGCAAACCGUAUUCACCAGGUGCCAAGAAGUACGCCUUGAACCAAAUCCGUUCGACACUUCGAAAAGUACUGGAACGUCAAAAGGAUGCUCGUUCUUACUAUAACAACAAGGCCGUUCAACGAGAUCAUACCGAAGGUUACAGACAUCUGUGCGAUACUUGUUCAACAACCAUCUUCAACAAACAUUAUGUCUGCGCAAGCUGUGCUAUGGAAAUAUGUAUCGAAUGUUACGAUGAUUUACAAAACAUGACUGAGGGAAUCCAUACUCACCCCAAGUCUACAAACAACAAGCAUGCUCGAGCGGAAUUUGUCUUAUUCUCAAAGUUUGCUAAAAAGUCCAUCUCGACUUUACUUAAAAGCACGAUUCCUAAGGCCGCUCGAUCUUUGAUGCGCAAGGUCAAGAAGGAGAACGAUCCAAGUGCUGCUGCUAUGGUUACUACAUCCCAUGAUACCAUCUCAACAGGUAAAAUAAUAAUGUUGCCAAUAUCUUUGGAUUUUAUUUUAAUUAACCAUUUUAUUUUUAAAAAACAGGUGAUCAAUCCUUCCCAACAAAGUUCGUUAUCAACGAGUUCCUUGUCUCACCUUUUUUCGGGGGUUAAAGAUGAGCAAAGGACAAGUCAAGAUGGACAGCAAUUCUUGAAGAUCGAGGCCUGCAAUUUGAACCUGGACUUAUUCCAACAACAUUGGCAAACGCAUCGUCCAAUUCAUGUCACCAACUCCACUGGCAAUAGUGAGUUUGAGUGGACUCCUGCCAUGUUCAGCACGUUAUGCGGUACCGAUACCAUCCAAGCUACCGAUUACGACAACAGCGUCUUCGAGUUAAAUGGCAAAGAUUACUUCGAUGCUUUCUCAGACCGCAAGCGUCGUCAACGACUAUGCAAGAAACUGGGAAGCUCUGAGGUUCUGAAGGUGAAGGACUGGCCACAGACUCAGGAUUUACAAAACAGGCUGCCAGGUUUAUAUGACGAUUUUAUGCGAACAGUACCGGCACCUGAAUACUGUAGCGCCUCCGGUUACUUAAACUUGGCAAAUCGAUUACCAGAAGAAUACCUGCCUCCUGAUCUUGGACCCAAGAUGUUCAUCUCCUAUGGCAGCGACCAACAUGGCAAGACGGGCAAGACGAACUUACAUUGUGACAUCACCGAUGCAGUCAAUGUCAUGUAUUAUGCCGAUGAUGAAACUGCAAGGGAUAAACCCAAGGCUGCCUCGGUCUGGCAUAUCUUUCCCCACGAUCAAAUAGGCCAAUUACAAGAAUAUAUUAGGCAGUAUAAAGAUUGUGAUCAUUUGCAUCCAAUUUUCGAUCAUGCCUUUUACUUGACCGAACAAGAUCUGGUACGUUUGGAAGCCGAAUUUGGUGUUGUUCCAUACACCGUCUAUCAAAAUCCUGGUGACGCGGUGUUCAUCCCAGCAGGCUGUGCCCACCAGGUAUUAAACUGCUCGAACUCGAUCAAGUGCGCUUUCGACUUUUUAAGUCCAGAAAAUGUCGAAAGCAGUUUAUUUAUCUCAAGUGAGCUGCGCAAGCUUCACAAGCAAGACGCGCUCCAAGUCCAAACGACUCUGGCUUUUUCUUGGGUUAGUCUCAAGUCGGACUAACAGCAACAGCAACAGCGACAACAGCAACAACAACAACAAUAACAACAACAACAACAACAAUAACAAUAUUUCUUUUAUUGUUUGUAAUAAUAAAAAAAAAAAUUAGUAUUUAUUUCAAAAAAA